CAGAAGGAUCUAUAGUGGAGCAAACAACCCAUCAAUUAUUAACAGCCCAGCGCUCUCAUUCCUGCAUCGUAACCAUAGCACCCAGAGGAUUUAAACUCAGUCAUGGCCUGGGACAUGCUACUUUGUGGGAAAGUUAGUUGAGAAGAACACAGAGAGAGCUCGAGCUGGUGGACUAACUUUGUGAAAUAAUCGCCGGAAAGUACCAAUCAGGACAAAGGAAUGCAUUCGUUAUUUUCUGGAUGGAACAAAUGACAGCUGGACACUUUUUCUACUGAAUUUGGGAUAUUUUUAAGGAGCUGACUGCUGUUGUCUUUGAGGAAUCUGCAGAUGUGAAUCUGUUGAGAAGUCUUUUCUGACGCCACAUUUUUGUAAAGUCAUGAAUCUGAAGCAGCGAAUGAAACUGCUGAAGCACUUUGGCUCGGUCCCCCCGGAGCAGCCGGCCCCGCCGCCGCUGCUGGUGGUGCCUAGACCCGCCAUGGAGGAAUUAACAAUAUGGGAGCAGCAUACAAUAACUCUAAGCAAGGAUUCCAAACUGGGUUUUGGUUUUGCCAUAUCUGGAGGCAAAGACAAACCAAACCCAGAUAAUGGGGACACAGCUGUGGUGGUGUCUGACGUUCUGCCAAAUGGACCUGCCAUGGGACGACUGUUUCAAAGGGACCAAAUUACCAUGGUGAAUGGCAUCAGUAUGGACCACGUCCACUCAAACUUUACCAUUCAAACUCUCAAAACAUGUGGAAAGACGGCAAACAUAACGGUCAAGCGUCCUCGAAAAAUACAAAUUCCACCAAGCUCCAAACCAACGCGGGCAGCGUCCCAGUCCAACCUGCUGGAUCACGACUCCCCCAGACGAACACGCCGCUUCUCCGACGGCAGUGAUCCCCGGGAUUCGGAUCGCUACCGUUCCCAUGCCCGCAGCACGUCACCUGACCGAAACGGCUAUGGAAACAACUCGCCGAUGAUGUCCUCCGGCUACAAGCGUCUGCCACAAAGCAGUCAUCCAGACAAACCUAUCAAAACCACUUUGAUCAAAAAGAAAUCCACAGAUGAGUAUGGACUCAAGCUGGGCAGCCAGAUUUUUAUAAAGCACAUGACUGAAACUGGUCUAGCUGCUAAAGAAGGCACCCUGCAAGAGGGAGACCUCAUUCUCAAGAUCAACGGCAUGACAACAGAGAAUCUAUCUUUGCUGGAGACCAAACACCUGGUGGAGAAGAGCAGGGGCAAGCUGACCAUGAUGGUCCUCAGAGAUGACCGCAAGUUUCUGGUCAAGAUCCCAGAGAUAGACGACAGCCCCCACAACACGGAGGACGAGGGCCACAAAAACAGCAGCUCUGAGCUGGAGGAAAUUUCCGACAUUGAUGAAGACAUCAUUCCUCGCAGAACGGCUCGCCAAACUGCUAAAGAGAAGCGGACACGCAGAACCAGAGCUGAGCCGAUUCCUGUUGCAAAGUCCCGUGACUCCUCGCCGAUGCGUUCCACCCUGGGACGGCCUCCUCCAAAAAACUACUCUCCUCGCAGACCUCCUUCUGAGUCAGAGUCUGACCACAGCGCCUCUCCUCCUGUCGUCAGAAGACGGAGUCCUGAAAUGAAGGAUUCCAGCAAAUACAAUCCGCCCUCCCCAACCCGCGCUCCUCCCCAGUACAUCAAAACUGGUCCUUGCCUCGCUCUACCACUAGCUCCACAAUGCCUCGCAGACCUGUGUCGGAUUCUGACUCGGAUGGCAGUGGAGGGGACCCUCCUCCGCGCAGGCAGACCCCCCUUGUUGACAGCAGAUACAAGGUCCUUCCUGAUCUUCAUGGCGCCCUAAAAUCCUCCCCCAUUACUGUUCGCCAGGAGCCACUGAGGAGAGUUAACUCUCCCCUGAGAAUUCCACCACCAGAGUCUGAAUCUGACUCCGAUAGCACCUCACCGCCUCUACAGAGGCAUACCACUUCCCACAGUCAGGACUCCCUCAGCAAAUACAGAGUUCUGCCUGAAGUUUCUCUGCAGCCUCAGGUGGAGACGCCACAAUGGAGCGCUCCUGACGCUGUACCGAAAGCAGCUCCCUCAGACUCUGAUUCAGAGCCCGACUAUGCACCUGUUCCACGAGUUGAGACCACAAGAAGUAGACAGAGAGCCAGCGGCAGACGCAGAGCUUCUACAAGGAAGUCUGCAGCGAAGCAGGACGCACCCCGCCAUGUCCCGUCCCCUGCAAGACCACCUCCUGAUGAAUCCUCAGAUUCAGAUCCACUUUCACACCUCAGGAGGUCUGGCAGCUCUGAGCGUGAGGACGCCCACCGCAGUACCAAGCGUGCUGCUAAUGGAAAAGCCUCCCUUCGGUCUGGGAUUUCAGUGAAGCACAACUUAGCUCUUCAGUCCAACCCUGUAGAGGAGCCUCUCUAUUUCUUACCUCCAGAUUCAUAUCCGUCAUCUAAUCCAGAAUACAGUUCAGAUGUUCAGACGUUGAGAUUUGCGAAGGAGCGAAGUUUGGGUCUGAGACUUGUGGGAGGCAAUGAUGUGGGCAUUUUUGUUGGUGGAGUUCAGCCAAACAGCCCAGCAUAUGAUCAAGGAAUGAAAGAGGGAGACCAGAUCCUACAGGUAAACAAAGUCGAUUUUAACCAUUUUACACGAGAAGAAGCUGCCAACUUCCUCCUGAACAUCAAGACAGGAGAGAAAGUUGAAAUCUCUACACAGAGAAAGAUGGACAUUUAUAAGAAGAUCUUGAAGUCCAACCUGGGAGACAACUUCUACAUUCGUACUCACUUUGAUCACGAGUCUGACCACCCCAUCGGUCUGACCUUCACCAGAGGAGAAGUGUUCAGGGUCGUAGAUACUAUGCACAAAGGGAAGAUAGGAAACUGGCUGGCUAUCCGUAUGGGAAACGACCUGCACGAGAUGGAAAAAGGAACCAUUCCCAACCAAGAGAGAGCAGAGAAACUGGCCAACAUUGAGCGAUUGCAGCGACCUAGUGCAGAGAGGCAGGCGUCGGGGCCGAGAGCAGAGUUCUGGAAACUACGAGGUCUCCGAGGGAAUAAAAAGAACGACAAGAACAGGCGUAGCCGUGACGACCUGCUGCAGCUCACCAUUCAGGGAAAUUACCCGGCCUAUGAGAGAGUCCUGCUCAGGGAAGCUAAUUUCAAACGGCCCGUGGUCAUCCUGGGUCCUCUGAAUGACAUUGCUAUGGAAAAGCUGUCCAGAGAGUUGCCUGAUGAUUAUGAAGUGGCAGAGAUGGUUCCUCGUGGUGGAUCAAGUAGUAGCUCUACAGUAAUCAAGCUGGAAACUGUGAGGAAAAUUGCAGAAAAGGACAAGCACCCUCUGCUGGACAUCACUGCCACUGCAGUGGAAAGGCUGAACUAUAUCCAGUACCAUCCCAUAGUGGUGUUCUUAGACCCUCAUAGUCGCAAAGAAGUCAAAGCUAUGAGACAAAGGUACAACCCCAACUCCAACAAGAGUUCCCGACGUCUCUACUCGCAGGCCCUCAAGUUAAGGAAACACGCCAGCCACCUGUUCUCAGCUCGAGUGGACCUGGAACCCGGCUCCUACGACUGGUACAAUUCUCUAAAGGAGAAGAUCCGCCACCAGCAGUCCAAACCGGUCUGGGUGUCUGAAGUCACGUUGGAGAGUGGAGGAGAACCUGAUCUAGACACUCUGGAUCAAAACCAGUCUGACUAUCUCAGUGCUGCCAGUGACCUGGAGGACACUGACGGUGAGGUCUACACUGAUGGAGAGGUCUACACCGACAACGAGGACCUGGAGGAGGCGUAUCCUGGCCAGAAUGCAGCUUUGCUCCCUAGGGUCUCUAGGGGCCCCGGAGCUGCCCUAGCUCGAUCCUCUGAGCCUGCUUUUGGCGACCACAACCCAGAGAUGGACGACGAGCCAAUUGAUGACAGGUUUACUACCAGAGAAAUCCCGCCGCUGAUGCUUGUGCCAGAGCCCAAGUCGCCCCAUCGGGAGCAGUACAGCCCGCCCCACAGCGAUGCGGAGGACAAUCCCUCUAAUCGCAGUUAUUCAGACUCAGACUUCGGUGCUCUCGAUCAGCCAGGACCAACCACUCCAUCAGAUGGACCCCCAGAUUUUGUUGCCCCCUCACCCUCGUCUCGAUUCUCAGUAGAUGAGCCAUCGGAUGGCGAGGACCAGCAACAUGCCAGCCUGUCCACCAUUGAAAGGACACUAGAGCAGACUCGAAUGGCAGAGCCUCAGGCACAGGGAGAGGAAAAGAAACCUGCACUCAUUGUCCUAGCUCAUCAUCACCAAGCGGUUCAGUUCAGACGCACACAAAUCCGAGGCAGCGACAGCUCUGAGAAUGAGGAGGGAGCGGACGCGUUUGACGAGGACGAGGCGGACGACAUCGAAUGGGGUCCUGCAACUGAACUUUAGACGAACUGAAGAUUUUAGUCUGUAAAACUUCCCAACAAAUGUUUAUGAAAAGUUUUGCUCUUUCAAGAAACUUUUCUUUUGUAGAAUGUGGAUGGCUUGCUUGAAAUGGUGAGGAAUGUUCAGAACGACCAAAGUAGAACAUGAUGAUCUAAGUGUUUGAUUUUUAUAUUUUCCAUUUCUAUGUGAAACAGUUGUAUUAAAGCUUUCAUAACAAUACACAGA